UUCCGCAAUAUAACAUAAGCUGGGUACCUUGAGUUGCUUAUAGCUGAUCUUUUCUUAUCAUUUUGUAGAGAGAGGGGGAGAGACGAGAGAGGGAGUAAAAAUGGUGGGGCAAUGGGGGAAAGAAGAUGAUGAAAACGUGGUGAUCAGAUGCUACAAUGAUCUCAGGGACAUAAUUCAAAUGGAAUGGGUGGAGAAAAGUUGUGAGAUUGGUAACGACCAAACUUUUCUCUUCACAGAUACUUUAGGGGAUCCCUUGUGCAGAAUUCGGAAUACUCCUCUCUCCACCAUGCUGGUGGCAGAUGUUGGGACCAAGCUGGUUGGUUGCAUACAAGGUUCAGUGAAGCCAGUUAAGUUUCAUGAUAAGUCAGUGAAUGUGGGUUACGUUCUUGGUCUCAGAGUCGUGCCGCCUUAUCGACGCUGUGGCAUUGGUUCGAUUCUGGUUCAAAAUCUUGAAGAAUGGUUCGUGUCACACAAUGUUGACUAUGCUUACAUGGCCACCCAAAAGGACAAUGAUGCCUCUCUCGGUCUCUUCGUGGGAACACUUGGCUAUACCGUCUUCAGAAACCCGGCAAUUCUGGUCAAUCCAGUAAACCCCGGUCGGAAUUUGAAAUUGCCUUCUGAUAUCGGAAUAAGGAAGCUAAAGGUGGAAGAAGCUGCAUCAUGGUAUCGGACACACGUUGCACCAACGACAGAUUUUUUCCCGGAUGACAUAGACCAAAUCUUGCGGAACAAGUUAAGCAUGGGGACAUGGGUGGCUUAUUACAACAACAACGACAAAAUCGACAGUUGGGCAAUUCUUAGUGUAUGGAACAGUAGCAAAGUAUUCAAACUUAGAAUCGGGAAAGCUCCUUUGAGCUAUCUGCUUCUUACCAAAGUUUGCAACCUUGUCGGAAGAUUCUUGAUGUUAUUGGGCUUAACGGCAUUACCUGAUCUGUUUAAUACGUUUGGUUUUUAUUUCCUUUACGGUGUUCACGCGGAAGGUCCGUUAUGUGGGAAUCUCGUUAGGGCUUUGUGUGACCACGUUAAUAACAUGGCUGCCUCAGAUGACGGUGGCGCGUGUAAGGUCGUAGUGGUAGAAGUCGACGGAGAAAGUAAUGGUGGUGAUCUCAUAAGAUGUGUUCCGCAUUGGAAAAUGCUUUCGUGUGACGAUGACACAUGGUGCAUCAAACCGUUGAAAUGUGAAGAAAAGAUGUCUGACUUGGGUGAAUUUGACGAUAUGUUCUGGAAAUCAAAAUCGGGGACACUCUUUGUGGAUCCAAGAGAUGUGUAGCUAAUCUAGCUAGGGAAACUGGUUGCAUGCAUGUUUGGCUGAUAACUUACCGAAUAUAAAAAUAUGCAAAAUUAAUGACAUGAUAUUAAUGAUGCAA